GUGGGACUAAUUUGUUGACAGAUUUCAGAAUGGAAGAUUCAAGUGGUUUUAAAAAUUUUUGUAGAAUGUCAGCUGCCGAUUUUGAAUAUUUGCUGACAGUCAUUGGGCCCAAAAUAAGCAAACGUGAUACCAACUGUAGAAGUGCUGUUCCUGUACGUGAUAGGUUAGCCAUCACUUUACGAUUCCUAGCAACUGGGGAUUCCUACACUAGUCUGAUGUAUCUUUUUAAAGUUUCUAAACAGCUGAUAUCUGCCAUCGUACCGGAAGUGUGUACAGCUCUCAUUACAGAACUUCAAGAAUACAUUAAGAUUCCCCAUUCCCCCGAAUUGUGGUGCAAGAUUGCUCAAUCAUUCAAUGAAAGAUGGAAUUUUCCACAUUGUCUUGGUGCUAUUGAUGGAAAACAUGUGGUGUUACAAGCACCAAUAAAGGGUGGUACUGAAUAUGUCAACUAUGAAGGACAAUACAGCAUUGUGCUUCUUGCUGUGGUUGAUGCAUCGUAUUCCUUUAUAUAUGUUGACGUUGGUUGUCAGGGACGAAUUUCGGAUGGAAACGUAUUAAAAAAUGCUAAAUUUUUCUCUGAAUUGUGUGCGGGUAACCUGCAUUUGCCAACAGACAACGCACUUCAUGGCCGAAUUAAACCAGUCCCAUUUGUUUUCAUUGCUGACGACACAUUUCCACAGCAGAAUCAUAUAAUAAAACCAUACCCCAGGAAUAAAGAGGUAGAUUCGAAGAAGAGAAUAUUCAACUAUCAAUUAAGUAGAGCCUAUAGGACAGUUGAAAAUGCAUUUGGAAUCUUAUCAGCUGUAUUUCAAGUGUUAAGGAAACCACUUCUUUUACAACCAGAAAAGGCUAAACUAGUGAUUCUUUCAUGUGUAAUUUUGCACAAUUUUCUGCAAAAACGUGACACAUCACGAAACAUAUACAACCCUCCAGGAACAUUUGAUAUGGAAAAUGAUGGUGAAGUAAUUGGAGGGGGCUGGAGGAAAGAAGCUGGAGAAUUCACUUCUUUCUUACCUUUAAACAAAGGGGCCAAAAAAUCAGCAGUCAACGCACAAGAGAUUCGAGACGAAUUUGCAGAAUAUUUUUCCACAAGUGGCUGUGUGCCAUAGCAAAAUAAUUGUACAUGAAUGCCACAGGAAUCUGUUAAUUUACAAAUUUCUUCUGCAUAUUUCUUUUUUUGUAUCAUCAUCAUCAUCACCUGUUCACUGUAGUGUGAUAUUAGUUUACAUUAUACAAAAUGUAUUUAAAUGAAUCCCACAAAUGACAGGGAAGCUUUAAGGUAUCAAUAUGAGUCAAAAAUAUCCAAUGAAUAUAAGAAGAAGAAGAAGAUAUUGAGGAGGUGUACAAGUGCAGGAGUUUAUACCAACAUUAUUGACACUUGAGAUCCACUUUGGCAAUAAUACAAAAUGCAGAAAAUGACAUUCAUACCACAUCUGGGGUGUUAAAAUGUGUCACAACAAGCCUUGUUGUGUGACGUGUUCAUGCCAAUGGAGGACAUUUGGAGCAAUUGUUGUAAUGUGUGUCACAAGUAAAUCCUCCCUCAGUCAAGCUUUUUGCAUUUCACAGAAGAAGGAACUUUCAUCUCAUAACUUUUUACAGAUGUAUUUCUGGACCUAUGUUCAUUGGACCAUUUUGAGUCAUACUGACAUCCUGAAGCUCCCCUGUCAUUUAUGGCACAUAAUUUAGAAACAGUACAGUUUAUGAAGAUGUUAAUGUUUAUUUUCACUUAACCCCUGUCACACUUCCUAAGAUUGUUUUGUUUUCAUCCUGCAAAAAUGAGAGCUCUAAAUGUGAACCACAUCAUGAAAACUAUUUUGUCAGUUCCCAUUGUAGACUUCAUCAUUUUUUCCAUGUUUUGACACUCAUGUAUGAAUUAUGACAAAAAUUUGUUCACAUAUCUUUCAAAUUAUUUUUAUUUAUUUUUUCUAUAACUGGAUAAUUUUACAUCCCAUAACAUAGUUAUGCGAUAUUUCUCAAUAAGUUCUAACUUUUUUUAUUCCAUAUAAGCAUAUUUUUAUAACAGUGGGGUGACAAUGUAGCAUUUUCUGACCUCUUAAUGUGAGAGGCCAAUUUUUACAGCCACACAAAACAAGAGGUUAACAUAUAGUUCUGUGUAUUAAUCAUUAUGUUUUUAGAAAGCAGUUGGGAAAGCCAAUGAUUCUGAACUGCAUGCCAGCAAACAUUCCCCAAAUUUAGUCUGCCCUUAAUUUCUUCAUGAAUGCAAUUUUAAUUUACCAUCAUUCCCAAAUAUUUAAACUUUUCUUCAAAAGAUUGAUCAUAAUAUUAAAAUAAAAUCCAGGAUGAGUUCAUGAUACAAUACUUGCAAUGUUUCCAGCUUUACAGAAACACUAGGCAAUACUAUAAGUUGGUGAUCCAUACAAAAACAUAACCUUAAACUUUCAGUGUCACCAUGUUAGUGUAUCAAUACAUAAGACGUAAAAUGCCGUA